AUGACCAUCCCAGAUACCCAGUGGGCCCAGGUAAUCGAGCAGAAAGGCGGACCACCCGUCUACAAACAAAUCCCCGUCCCCAAGCCCGGACCCGACGAUGUCCUCGUCAAAAUCAAGUACACCGGAGUCUGUCACACAGACCUCCACGCUCUCAACGGCGACUGGCCCCUCCCACUCAAGCCCUACCCUCUGAUCGGCGGCCACGAGGGAGCCGGAAUCGUCGUUGCGAAAGGCGAGCUCGCCCACGGCAUCGAGAUUGGCGACCACGCCGGCAUCAAAUGGUUGAAUGGCUCCUGCCUCGCUUGUGAAUACUGCAAGACCGCCGACGAGCCUCUGUGUCCCGAGGCCGAGCUGUCGGGAUACACCGUUGACGGAACCUUCCAGCAGUAUGCCGUCGCCAAGGCUGCUCAUGUCUCGAAGCUGCCGAAGGAGGUGCCUCUCGAUGGUGUUGCGCCUAUCCUGUGCGCGGGUGUGACUGUCUACAAGGGUCUCAAGGAGUCUGGUGCGCGCCCUGGUCAGACGGUUGCUAUCGUUGGUGCUGGUGGUGGCUUGGGUUCUCUUGCUCAGCAGUAUGCCAAGGCCAUGGGUCUGCGCGUUAUUGCUAUUGACGGCGGCGAAGAGAAGAGGGCCAUGUGCGAGCAGCUUGGUGCCGAAGCAUACAUCGAUUUCACCCAGAGCAAGGAUCUUGUUGCGGACGUGAAGGCCGCUACACCUGGCGGCUUGGGAGCCCACGCUGUGCUUUUACUUGCUGUCGCCGAGAAGCCCUUCCAGCAGGCUGUUGAAUACGCUCGCUCUCGCGGUGCCAUUGUUGCAAUCGGUUUGCCAGCAGGUGCAUCGCUCAAAGCUCCGGUUUUCGACACCGUGGUCAAGAUGAUCAACAUCAAGGGCAGCUACGUCGGUAACCGCCAAGAUGGCGUUGAGGCCGUGGACUUCUAUGCUCGCGGGCUGAUCAAGGCUCCUUUCAAGACUGUUCCUCUCAAGGAGCUGCCGGAGGUGUUUGAGCUCAUGGCGCAAGGCAAGAUUGCCGGUCGUUACGUCCUUGAGAUCCCAGAAUAG